AUGGACCAGCACCAAGCACUAGUUAUUCAAGAACUAGCGAGGCUCACCCCAACUCUUCGGAUAUAUACAAAAUCAAACCCAGAAUUCGAGCAUUACCGUGUAUCCUAUAACCGUGCCCUCGGGGAUCAGCCCUUAGCUAUCGUCCGCCCCCGGACCGAGGAAGAAGUCUCGCAAGUUGUGCAAGUAUGCUCCGCCGAACAUAUCCCUCUCGCUAUCCGCUCUGGGGGCCACGAUUUCUUCGGUCGCUCACUAGUCGCUGACGGGAUCGUUAUCGACAUGCGAGCUAUGGAUUCCAUCCUCAUUUCCCCAGACAGGGCCAGUGCACGUGUGGGCGGCGGAGUCAUUGCAGGAACAUUACAACAGUCUCUGGCCGCUCACCAGCUUUUCACACCAACGGGCCAAUCGAAAACCGUCGGCUACGUUUCCUGGGCCUGUGGCGGCGGAUAUGGAUUCUACGUCGGGACUUAUGGAUUCGGUGUGGAUCAGAUCCUCGGUGCAAGAGUUGCCGUGGCAAGUGGGGCUAUCAUCGACACCGACGAUGACCAGGAGCUACUCUGGGCUCUGCGGGGAGCAGGGGCUGGCAACUUUGGUGUUAUAGUGGAGCUAAGGGUGAGGGUGUAUCCAGCACCGAAGCUGUAUGCGGGCUACUUAGCCUUUCCGCUUUCCAGUGCGGUUACAGUCUUGGAAGGCUUUGAGAAACUUGCUGCGGAAGGCCUUCCUGACGAGUUUAGUGGGGACGGUAUUGUUGCACAUCCGGAUAUGUUGCAGGGAGUUGUUUCGGAGCCUUGUUUUACAUUCUUCUGGUGUUGGACUGCCGUGGAUGGGGAUCUAGAGCCAGCGAAGGCCUUUCUUCGGAAAGUGAUGGGUCUGGGUACGGUGCUGGCGAAUACUGUUGAAGAGACCACUGCGGCAGCUUAUGGCAUCGGAGACUCGUCGUCUCCUACAUUCUUCUGCAGUAGGAAUAUUCGAGGACUGAAUUCUCAGGUCGGAGCAAUCUUUUCACACCAUCCCCCAAUCCACCCGCUAUCAGCAGUUGUCAUCCACAACAAUCAUGGCAAGGGCGUAAGGAUGGAAACGCCUGGUUUUAGCGCAUGUUUUCCAAGUAGAUUCCCGCAUGUCAUCCUAGGGUUCCAUGGGGGAACAUAUGCCGGUGUAGAGGUUGGCUCUGAUACUAUUGCAGCGGCCUCUGGUUGGGCAAAAAGGCUGAGAAAAGAGAUUGAAGAACGUGGGCUGGCGUUGGACGGGGGAUUUCCGAGCUUUUUCCCGCCGAAACAGAUCGACGUGGAGCAGUUCUUUGGUAUGCAAGCUGCAGAAAGGCUCAGGCGCUUGAAAGGCAGACUCGACCCGGUUAAUGUUUUUAGUGGUGGCAUGGUUAAAGAUUUAUAA